GUAUACGUAUAUAAAUGUAUGCAUAGUUUGACCAACACACUUAUGUAUACUCGUCUAUCUAUCAUCUAAGUAUUCAAGCGGCUGAAGCUCAAUAUUCGCGAAUGGCUUUCGGAUUGAGCUCUGGAGACGGCUCCGGAGUCAAACUGUUGUCCGCCCUUGCAAUUUUGUAUGGAUUCAUAUCUCUUCUCGUCUAUUCUGUUCUUCACAUGAACUUCAUUACACCUCUCGGCAUUGGUGCGCCUCCAGAUCGAUUUUCAGAAGCCAGGGCCAUUCAACAUGUUCGCGUUUUGUCCCAGGAUAUUGAUGGCCGCCAGGUAGGGAAACAAGGAUACAAAGAUGCUACUCAAUAUAUUCUAACACAGUUACAAAAUAUGAAGGAUCGAGCUGGGCCUAAUAUUAGGGUUGAAGUUGAGGAUACUAUUAUAAGUGGCUCUUUUAACAUGAUGUUUUUAGGACAUAAUUUGUCACUGGGGUAUAGGAACCACACAAAUAUCAUAAUGAGAAUAUCAUCCAUGGACGCACGAGACUCUGAUGCAUCAGUUCUUGUUAACGGCCAUUUUGACAGCCCCCUUAGCUCUCCGGGUGCGGGUGACUGUGGCUCUUGUGUAGCUGCAAUGCUGGAAAUGGUUAGACUUAUUGUUGACUCUGGUUGGAUUCCUCCUCGUCCUGUAAUCUUUCUAUUUAACGGAGCUGAAGAGCUUUACAUGUUGGGUUCACAUGGCUUUAUAACAACACAUAGAUGGCGUCAUACAAUUGGAGCUUUUAUUAAUAUUGAAGCAUCAGGCACGAGUGGGCCUGAUCUCAUCUGCCAAUCUGGACCUGGAUCAUGGCCUUCACUUGUCUAUGCUCAGUCAGCUGUAUAUCCUAUGGCUAAUAGUGCAGCUCAGGAUGUCUUCCCCGUUAUUCCAGGUGAUACAGAUUACCGGAUGUUUGCAUAUGAUUAUGGCCAUAUACCUGGACUCGAUAUGAUCUUUCUCCUUGGUGGUUAUUUUUAUCAUACAUCCUUUGAUACCGUGGAAAGACAAUUACCUGGAAGUCUCCAAGCACGUGGAGAAAAUUUAUUCAGUGUUAUUAAAGCUUUCACAGAGUCUUCCAAGUUAAGAAAUGCGUUUGAGAGGGAAUCUAUCAAUGUGGAUGUUGAGGAAUCUGAUGAUGAAAGAGCUAUUUUCUUCGAUUACUUAUCCUGGUUCUUGAUAAUUUACUCCAAAAAGCAAGCUAUGGUACUACAUAGUAUUCCUUUAGCCAUCACAUUCUUUAUGCCUGUAAUAUUUCGCUUACCAAAAUUUGGAGUACAUAUUUGGUUUGCAACAGUCUUUGACAUCAUGAAAGGAAUAUUUUUCCAUGCAGUUGGGAUCAUACUAGCAGUUGUUUUCCCAAUGUUAUUUUCAAUAUUGAGUUUGUUUUUUACUGGCCAUUCAAUGAACUGGUUUGCUCAUCCAAUAUUGGCUUUUGUGAGGUUUGUGCCCUGCUCAGUUAUUGGUCUGUUGAUUCCUAGAAUUAUUUGGAGAAGAUUUCCCCUUUCUCAAGAUGCUUCUGUUAUCAAAGUUUCAAAUGAGGAACUUGCAGAUGGAGCCUGGUUUUGGGGGGCAUUUGGAUUUUAUGCUCUUGUGACCAUGGCAUAUCUUUUGGCUGGAUUCAACAGUGGGUUUAUCACAUUUUGUCUGUCAGUUUUCAUGCUUCCUUCAUGGUUAUCCUUCUGCUUAUCCAUUAAGUUUUUGGGUCACCCUUCACUUAGGUCAGUAGCUUUUUAUGUGGUUCCUAUGAUUCCUUGUCUUACAUAUGCUGCCUACUUUGGGGCCUUUCUUGUGCAAUUCUUAAUCGAGAAGAUGGGCAUGAUGGGUUCUCUACCACCUCCUUAUGGGUAUUUUAUACCUGAUGUCAUCGUGGCUACAAUUGUUGGUGUGGUGACCGGUUGGAGUGUGGGGCCUAUAAUGCCCGUUGUUGGGCGUUGGUUAGGCAAACCAUCUAUUAUGAAGUUUUUACUGCAUGUUAGCGUUCUUGCCUUAGCUGUAUCAUCACAGUUCUUUCCUUACAGCACAGAUGCACCUAAAAGAGUUGUUUUCCAGCAUGCAGUCCUAACUGAAGAUGGUAGUAGAAUUGUUGAUUCAAGCUAUGAAUUCGCUGUAGUCGAUUCCAACUCCCUACUUUUUGUUCUCAAGCAUGCACCUCUUGUGGCAAAGGAAUUAGAUAUCAGUCAGAAUUUAUCUUUUGAAUCAGCUCAUUUUUCAUAUCAGGAGAACUGGAUGGCAAUUUAUCCAAUAUCGUUCUUGUUUUCUAACUGUAUGAAGUUCCCUGCAAGUAAAUAUGAAAUAACAAAGCAGUACCCAUAUUUCCCCCACAUUUCAAGUUAUCAGACACAGGUGGUUUCUGACAAGGGACGUCGCAAGGUUUACUUAGAAUUUUCCCUGGGUUCUGUGAAGGAAUUAUGGGUUGCAGUCUUGAAUAUCACAGGUCCCUUGACUAAUUGGUCUCUUGCAAACAAUGAACUUCCAGCUCCUGAAACAUUCAAAGGCGGUCCACCUUCUUACAUCUGUAGACUUAGUGGAGAAAGCAGUGAUAAUUGGACCUUUUGGUUGGAGGCCAGCAGCUCGGAUGCCAUAAGAGUUGAUGUGGCGGUCUUAGAUCAAUACUUGGUUGAGCCGACGAGUAAAUUGAAAGGCCUUUUCCCGGAUUGGAUGGAUCUCACUACUUAUACAAGCUUCAUUUCAACCCACGUUUUCUAGAUCUAUUUAUAAGUUAUUCAGAUUCCUCUAUCAAAUAGAAUAAAAAUUAGGAGCUGAAAAAAAAUGGCUCUUUAGAUUUUGCCUUCUCUUUUUGUUUUGCUUGGAAACUAGACAGGAUCUCAAUUGAAGUUGAAUAUACUUUUUUUUUUGGUUUCUUGAUGAAAUUGUGUGAUGAUCCUCUGGCUUGAGAAUAAUGAAUUGAGUGUAAUAUAAACUUUGCA